AUGGAUCCCUCCGACGCCGCGCGGCGCUCCGCUGAGCGAUGGAUGGGCGUGGCCGAGAAGUUGCUCAUGGCGCGGGACGUCGAGGGCUGCAAGCAGUUCGUCUCCCAGGCCCUCGACGACGACCCACGCGCCGCCGGCGCCGACGACCUGCUCGCCGCCGCCGACGCCCUCCUCGCCGCCCAGCGCCGCCGCCUCCCCUCCGGGAUCCCCGACCCCUACGCCGUUCUUGGCCUCGACUCCGCGCUCCCCGCCUCCCGCGACCCAGACGUCGUCCACGCACACUACCGCCGCCGCUCCUUCCUGCUCAAUCGAUCCCACCCAGACCGCCCCUGCUCUCUCGCAUUCGCCGACGCCGCUCGCCUCGUCGCCGACGCUUGGGCCUUUCUCUCGGACCCUCUCCGCAAAGCCUCCCUCGACUCCGACCUCGCUGCCGCUGUAGCCGCCAAGGCCGCAGCAGCUCGCGCACCCACUCCCUCUCCCGAGAAACCGCAGCCGCGACCACCACCACCACCAUCUCCACGGCCAGCCUCGUCACCGCCUGCUCGCCAGCCACGGCAGGCGGCAACGGCGUCGCCGCCAGCAAAGCGCGGCCGUCCACAGCGCGCCGCCAAACCGCAGCAGCCGCCUCCGGAGCACCAGCAGGAGGCGGAGGCGCCGAAUGCGCCGCCGUUCUGGACGGCCUGCACGUCCUGCUGCCACGUGCACCAGUACGACCGCUCCUACGAGGCGCGCACUGUGCUUUGCCCUAGCUGCCGGUGCCCUUUCUUCGCCUCGGCGAUGUCCACACCGCCACCUAUCGUGCCGGGCACCGACAUGUACUACUGCUCCUGGGGCUUCUUUCCCAUGGGGUUCCCGGGAGGCCCUGCCUUUGCUGGACCGGCAAGUUCUCCGAUGCAGCAGCCGCCCGCUUCUCUGGGAUUUUAUCCGAUGGGCCCAUACUUGCCAUUGCCAGCUCAAGCUGGCGUUGUGGAAGGCAAUGUGGCUGCUCAAGCUGGCGUUGUGGAAGGCAAUGUGGCUGCUCAAGCUGGCGUUGUGGAAGGCAAUGUGGCUGGUGGUGUUGACAGUGAGACUGCUGUCAGUGCCACUGAGACAGCGGCAGUGCCGGUGGCGCCAUUGCCAGCAAAGUCCACUCAUGUAAAGGUUGGGGCAAAGAAGCGAGGGCGCCCCAAAGGCAGCAAGAAUAAGAAUGUGGUGAUUGAGAUCAAUUAGGGAUUAAGUUUUAGAGCUUCUAUGACAGUGGAGUAGCGAAUUAGGUACGUUGCAACUGAACUGAACUCCAUUACCUGUUGUAAGCUGAUGUUCAGGGCAGCUACGCCCUUCAUUUUUGUUCAUGAAUAAUUUUCCUAUUUCCUUUUGCUGGGAAUCUUAGCCUAGUGGAUGUUGAGUUGACCUAUGGUAGCUUUGUUCGCAUUGUACAUUAGAUUGUAGAUGUUAUAUGUUGUCUAGACUCCAGAUGCACCCCCAUCCAGAUAUGAUGUUGUAAGUUGUAGGAUCAUCAGAUGGAUAAUUCCCUCGGCAAGAUGUACAUUACAAAUGUCAACCUGUUCCUGGUUUUGUACAUUUAAUUGCAAAAUGUACA